CCCCCCUCCAUCCCUCAAGUUGUUUUUUUGCAGAGAGCAGCUUUGCAGAGAUUCACGGAGGGAUUUCUGUUGUUUUCUUUCUUGUUUUUCAAGUAGAUCGUGUUUGUUUCACCGUUCUUCGGAUUUUUAAGCCCACGCACUUUCAUUAUGUCACAGAAUAAACUGCUUUCAUGGCGUUUUUUCCCACUCGAGCAGUCUUUUUUAUUAUUAUUGCCCGCGGUGCAUUUAACCCAGGUCUGACCCACUUUUAGUGUUUUGGUUUUUUGCUUUCACAGCAUCCCAUGCGUCGGUGGAGAUGUUUUCUGCAGCAGAGGAUGUUGAUUCGCACUUGUUUACCUCGCUGAAGGAGUCCCCCGGUGGAGCUGCAGUCUCCCCGGCGCUGGAGCUGAGUCUAACUACCAUCUACACCGUCCUCUACUCUUUCCUGUUUGUCUUCGUCUACCUGCAGCUCUGGCUGAUUUUGCACUAUGGACACAAGCGCUUCAGCUAUCAGAGCGUGUUUUUGUUCCUGUGUCUGCUGUGGGCAGCUCUGAGGACGACCCUCUUCUCCUUUUACUUCCAAAAUGUGGUGCAAGCCAACCAGCUGCAGCCUUUGGCCUACUGGCUGCUCUACUGCUGUCCCGUCUGUCUUCAGUUCUUCACCCUUUGCCUGCUCAACCUCUACUUCACACAGGUGAUGUUCAAGGCAAAAGCCAAGUAUUCCCCAGAGUUCACCAAAUAUAAGGUUCCUCUACGUUUGUUCUUCCUGUGUCUCAGUAUAUUUUUUCUGGUGGUGAAUUUAACGUGCGCGUUGCUGGUGCAAGGAGCUGUGGAGCGCUCGGUGUCACCAAGCAGUGAUGGUGGGAUCAGACAGGCUGUGUUGGCUCGGGUCCUGAUCAAUGACAGUCUGUUUGUCCUGUGUGCCAUCUCUCUGGCCGUCUGCAUCUUCAAGAUUGCCAAGAUGUCCUCUGCCAACGUUUACCUCGAAUCCAAGGGUACAUCGCUGUGCCAAGCUACAGUGAUAGGAGCUGUGGUGAUCCUGCUCUACACAUCCAGAGCGUGUUACAACCUGGUGGUGGUGGCGCUGUCGCCACAGGAUAAACUCAGCCCCUUCAACUACGUCUGGUACAGUGUUUCUGAUCAGGCUGAUGUACAGGGGAUCAACAAUAAAUCCUACAUUGUGUUUGGGAUCAUUCUGUUCUUCUGGGAGCUGCUACCCACCAGUUUAGUGGUGGUUUUCUUUAGAGUCCAGAGACCAAACCAAAACCUGACUCCAGGGGGCAUGAUCAACAGCCACAGUUUCAGCUCCAGGGCUUAUUUUUUUGACAACCCCCGGAGAUACGAUAGUGACGACGACCUGUCCAGAAGCACUAACAGUCGGAAUGACCGUUCAAGCCUUCUGUCCUCCACCCCUCAGCUGGGCACAUCAAGCUGGUACGGCUCCAUUCAACAUAGUGGGACAGUGCCAGCAGGAGUGGCAUCAGUCCAGUCGCCGUCUUCCACGGCACCCCUCCUCUUUGCUUACGGAAACAUACAGAGUCACCACAACUGUUACUCCACCCCACAGAACAACUACCAGCACCAUCAUCACACUAACUACUAUUCUACACCACAGAAUUUUUACUGUGGUUCACAGACCUAUUUCUGCACCCCACAGAAUUAACCGGCCCAUUUGUACAGUGAGCGGCUGAGAGACAAACUGAUUAAUAAUAAUCCAUAUUGUGGUCUCUGUGGAUAGAAGCUCAGGCUUUUCAUCUCCAUUUUUGCUUCUUCAGCUGUAUCAAAGCAGGUACUCGUGAGUCAUCACGUUCAGGAGAAAUCUUGUUGUUGUGCUGUUUUUGUCUAUUUUGAGGGCAUUUACAUCUUUAAAUGCAGUGAUGAAUGUUUACCAGAUUCCCGCUAUUUUUACAGGGCAUUAUUCAGUUGACACAAUUGACUGCUGAUGGGCUGUAUUAAAUAAAAGAGUUAGCAUUAGCACAUGCGGUCACAUGCUAACUGUGGUUUAUGCUAACCGCAUAUGCUAACUCUAAAACUGCUCAUCAGCCAUCAAAUGUGGCAUGUCAACAUAAAGUCCAGCACAAAUAGCAAUUCAUUCCACAUUCAGGAAUCUGGGAAUUUCUGGAAAACUUUCAGCACUUUAAAUGGCAUUUUUAGACCAGAGUAAAGUCACUCACGGGCUGUAGACCAGCACUAAUAUGACUGAAAAAGUGAAAACGGCAAGACCAAACAUGGUCGGGUCAGAUUAAUUGAGAUUUCUGAGACUGCAAUCAAUGGGAGCUAAUCAAUGGUAUCAUUAUGCUUUCCAGCAUUUCUUUGCAAAUAUGGUUCAAUUCCUGUGCUAUGGAAGCUACAGGAUGAUGUGCUAACUACAGUUCUCUGAAAGCUAAGUAAGCUAAAUUGGCUUCCUGAGCCAUUGUGGACAAUUCCAAAAAAGGCAGUGGUCUGUCAGUCAGCAGCUAAUAUUGGAAUCCAACAAUUGCUUGGUUAACUGUUUAUAUUGGGUGUAACACUUUUGUAUGGAACUCAGUUGUAAGAAUUCUGAUUUUUGUAAAAUCUUAAAAACUGUUAUUUCAGUUUCAACAUAGAAUAGAAAAAGCAACAACAGCACCAACAUGCUGAAAGGCUUAUACAUUGACUAAAAACAAGUGAUGUGAGCAAAUUAUAAAUCAUCUGGUAAAAGUAAAAUAUUUAAAAAAAAUUCUACCCAUUGUCGAUGAGGUAAUGUUGUCUUGUGGGUGACAGAUUAUUAUUUUAAACAGUGUUUGUUUGUGUUGAUGCUAUAGCGAUAGAUGAGCAAAUCGCACAAACUAGCUUAUGCCUUCACAAUGAAAGCAGCAUUCACUGUGUAUUUGUUCAGUAUUACCAAUAUUUACUUCUUGAUUAUUGAGUUGUUAAAAAAAAAACUUGAUACGACUUUAAAAUAAUUGGAAAAUCUUUCUUAGUUUUAUCUGUAGUAUGCUUAGGGUGACAGCUAGCUAGCUAUUACAAAUAUGUAUUGAGUAUAGAGUCUGUUUAGCUUCUAUACUCAAUACGAGAACUAAAUAUGCAGCUUUGAGAACGUUCAAUUUUUAAUGGUAUUGAUGUUAAAGAAAAUGUGGGGUGAAAACAGCCAAAUCAAGACUCUGCUAACUUUUAAAAAGUACACAAUAAAGCCAUUAAAAAGUGGAAAACUAGACAACAGAGCGCACAGCCAUGUGGUCAGUUUACAUAGACAUCAUAGAUAAGAAUCUGAUGGCAAUAUUGAGUUUUCCAUAUUUUUUUGUUUUAUGAAGCAGAAUGAUUGUACAACAAGCAUCUUUAAAGCAAAAUCAGAAUUUGUUGCAUAAAUUUUAAUGUAGUUUUAGUUUUCUGAAGCCAACAUGGUGAAAAUGUCCAAAAUUUGUUCUGUUUAUAACAUUAAAAAGAUAUUUUGGAGACUUUCGGCACCAGUGCUGUUUAAAGCACUGGUGCUGAAAGUCUCCAUAUUAUCUUUUUAAUGUAUUAUAAAUAGAACUAAUGACAGCUUGUAGCGGUUCUGUGCCAACAGAAUAAUGAUUUGUUGACAGCACUCAGUGAAUUGACCAAUAGUCUUGUGGUUAACAGUGGUUAAUUUAUCCUUAGUAGAGUGCUGUUUCACUAAUGUACAGAUAACAUGGAAAUUGUUGGCUGAGAUUCAGAAAAAUUACAGUUAAGCCUCAGUGCACAUCUCAACUCCUUAAUCCAAGCCCUACGUCUCCACCGGCUUCUUCAAAAUCCAUUUAUCUCUUUGACAUAUCCUUAAACAAAUACAGCUAAUCACAUGAGCAUAAUUGAAUGAACUUUGUCUGCAUCACUGUCAAUCCUUUGGCCAUUGUUGUGUAAAAUCAAUCAGAUUUUACUUGAAAUGUUGCAAUAAGUGCUCAUUUUAAUCAUUAUACACUGUCACAAUAUUUCAAUGUCAAGAAGAAAUCAAUAAAAUAGAAAAUAGCUCCUAUGCAGGCUGCAAAGGUCUCACCAUUCUGACCAAAAUCUCUUCAUGCAAUCUAAUAUUGUACAAGCUGUGAGGCAACAAUUUGCACUUCUACUAGAAACAUUUUAAUUUAGAAAAUAAAAUCUUUGGGCCUGAAUGUACAAUAUGCAACAGAAAUGAGUGUGACUCUAUGCAAUCACUGAAAUGCCAAAUGUUUGAAAAUUCUAUCCCAUCUCAAUUACUGCAUUUUGUCUGUUAAUCAUAGUUUAGAACGGCUAUAUUGAAAACACAGUUCCCAGAAUAUGAACACAAAAUGUCUUUUUAUAGCUAUAGUGUGUAGGAUUUACUGUCAUCUAGUGGUGAAGUUGCAGAUUGCAUUAUGCCAGUCACAUUUCCUUUAACAUUUUUUCUUCUUUGGCAAUUGGGAGUCAUGCAAUAUGGUGGUGCAACAUCAAUGAAGAGCACCCCCCCCCCCCCCCCCCCCCCCAGAGGCCACCAUGUUGCACUGCCAUGUUAAUACAGUAGCCCAUAACAGUAACAUACUUUCUCGGCCUUUUGCACCAUAGCCUUUUGCAACAUAGCCAAAAGACUGGGGGGAAAAAAGAAGAGGACUCGGUGGUUGCUCCCCUAUGCACCGCGUGCUGGAUGCUAGUGCAGGCUAGCAAGUUUGAGAACCUUUAUUUUUGUCAAAUGGAGGAUCAUACAUAUCAGUUAUCACAAGAAAAGGCACCAAAGAAGAAAAACUUGAAGGGCAAAGAAAAAAAAAAUCACAAGUGAUGACUUCAUGCAAUCUGCAACCUCUCCACUAGAUGACACUAAACCGUGCACACUGUAGCUUUAAGAAGUAAUACAGUUUUGAAUUAUUUGGUAUUUAAGUGAUGAUGUUGCACGGGACAUGCUCACUUGUGUUGUAUACUGUCGGGCUUCAUCUCAUACCAUGCUUUCUUUAUUAAUCUCUAUUUUAUAUUUUAUGUCAUGGUUCUUUGGGAAACUAUCAAUGUGCCAUCACCUUACAUCAUAUCUAAUAGUUUUAUUUCUUCUUCAAAAAAAAAAAAAAAUUUGCACAAGAAAUAAUUUAUGUUGUCUGUUUAAUCUUUUUGCUAAUCACUAUGCGUCUGUGAGCUUAAAUUUUUCACUUUAAAUUGAUUUUUUUUUCCGUUAAUUUUUGUUUUUCCUUGAUUAUUACUGUCUGAAAGACUGUUUAUUUUUUCCACUCUCCCUCACUUUUUUUUUUUAAUUUCCAACAAUGUGGCAUUUUAUGGCAAUUUACUCUUGUAUUAAUCUGUGAUAUGACUUUAUUUUCAUGUAAGGAAAUAAAAAGGUUAAAUUACAGUUGUUGCAGCGUACAAGCGCGCGAUAAGGAUCCGCUUUCAGGACGUCACUGCUCAUAUCAAAUCAUUACUGAGAACAUGUUAAAAACGUAACAGACGAAGUGACGUUCACAUUCCCAGUGCAUGUUUCUGCUUCAGAAUGGGCAAGGAACUUAGUGUCAUAUUUUAUUUUGUGUAGAAAUGUAAUUUUGUUGAUCUGCUUUGUGAAGGCGAUGAUAAUUCUUUUUAUCUGCGGCCGUAUUGAAUGUAACCUCGUGUGCGACGGAUCACUAACCAUGUGAGAAAAGCACUACCGUGUUGAAAUAAAUAAAGGCCUCCUGCACUGUUUUUAA